AUGCGCGCUACCACAUUCACUCUCAUCGCUGCUGCCACUCUGGCGGCUGCCCAGACCGGCGCUGUUCCCGACUGUGCCAAGUCCUGCGUCCUCCAAGCUCUGCCCGCCAGCUGCAAGUUCAACCCCGAAUGCAUCUGUAGCGACACUGCUUUCAUCAGCACCAUCUCAUGCUGUGUCCUGACCGCUUGCGACACUUCCGGCCAGCAAGCCGCUCUCGCCUACGCCAAGCAGGUCUGCGCUCCCGUUGGCGUGACCAACCUCCCUACAGCAGCCUCCUGCGCCGCUACUGCUGCGUCAUCAGGCACCAGCGCCGCCUCCGCUGCAACCGCGACAGGAAGCUCUGCCUCCUCUGCCCUUUCGUCAGCAAGCCAAAUUCUCUCUUCCCUCGCCUCGUCCGCCAGCCAGAUUUCGUCCUCGCUAUCUAGCAGUGCAAGCAGUGCUGCUUCGAGUGCAAGUAGCGCUGCCUCAAGCGCUAGCAGAUCUGCCUCGAGUGCUGCUUCAAGCGCAAGCUCCGCCGCUUCAGCACAGUCGACCGGUGCUGCCCCUACCUUGAGCCCUAUGGGUAUCGCUGGUGUUGCCGCUCUUGGUGCUUUCGCCCUUCUGUGA